UACCACGACCGCUUCUUCCCCUCCGACCACUCAUUCCUGGAUCGCGGCGAGCAGCAUAUUCCACCUUCCUACAGUCGCUCUCCAGCGACGCCUCCAACCUCGAUGGUGUGACAAAGGACACGCGAAAUACGAAUCUUUCUUGGGUCUUUCACGAUACCGCAGCAUGGCCCAGCAAUACGCAUCUAUCGCUAGCGAACAUGGCGACUCACGGCCAGCAUCAAUAGCAUCCUCUCAAGGACGUCGUCGGCGACAUUCGAAACAUGGUGGAAUACAAGGGAAUGCAUCAUGGCUCUCCUCCGUGAUCAAUCUAGUGAACACGAUCGUCGGCGCAGGGGUUCUGGCCAUGCCGCACGCAAUGUCAAACAUGGGCAUAUCACUCGGAGUGAUUGUGAUUCUAUGGGCUGGCCUCACGAGUGGAUUUGGAUUAUACCUACAAACAAGAUGCGCGAGAUACCUGGACCGAGGCGGGGCGUCGUUCUUUGCGCUGAGCCAGAUAACGUAUCCCAACGCUGCCGUUCUGUUCGACGCGGCGAUUACGAUCAAGUGCUUCGGUGUUGCGGUUUCAUACCUGAUUAUCAUCGGAGAUCUCAUGCCUGGAGUGGUCAAGGGGUUUGCGCCGAACAUUGGAGAGACAGAUGCAUUGUAUUUGAUUGACAGAAGAUUCUGGGUUACGGCGUUCAUGCUGGUUGUGAUACCCCUUUCGUUCUUGAGGAGACUGGACAGCUUGAAGUACACUUCGGUGGUAGCACUUGUUUCUAUUGCUUACUUGGUCGUGCUUGUGGUAUAUCACUUCCUGGACGGCGACACCAUCAGCGAGCGAGGCCACGUUCACUGGAUCCGCUGGCAAGGUGCGGUCUCAACGCUAUCGAGCUUUCCAGUGAUUGUUUUCGCAUACACUUGUCACCAAAACAUGUUCUCGAUAUUGAAUGAGAUCAAAGACCCGUCACCAGCUCGCACGACGGCCGUAGUCACUGCUUCGAUCGGCUCUGCUGCGUCUGUCUACAUUCUUGUUGCCAUCACAGGAUACCUUUCGUUCGGCGACACGGUCAUUGGCAACAUCAUCGCACAAUAUGUUCCCAGUGUGGCUUCUACUAUUGGACGCGCCGCGAUUGUGGUUCUCGUCAUGUUCAGCUACCCACUACAAGUCCAUCCUUGCAGAGCAUCUCUUGAUGCAGUCACCAAAUGGCGGCCUGCAACGCGUCGCAAUCAAGAGCUGAGUCCUGCAACAUCGUCUCGAGGAUCUCCUAGUCGGCACUCUCUGCUCAGCGGAGCAAGCAAGGUCCCCGCGCAACGACCAAAAGACGUCGAGAUGUCGGAGCUGCGAUUCGCAAUCCUGACAACCAUCAUCAUCAUCCUAUCGUACAUUGUCGCGAUGACUGUCAGCAGUCUUGACAAAGUUCUCGCAUACGUCGGAUCCACAGGAAGCACGGCGAUUUCGUUCAUCCUACCAGGUCUGUUCUACUACAAGAUCAGUGCGCCGGACUCCCCUCAUCACCAGCGACUACUGAAGGAUCAGGACGAUGAGGAAUACGAUGGCGGUGGCGAUGAGGACGAUGACGGCAGGCGAAUCAAGAAGAGGAAAUGGCGGAACGACCUUCUGCGGAAGAUGAGUCUGGCCAUUGCGAUUUACGGCUUUGUGGUUAUGGUAACGUGCUUGGUUACCAACACAUUUUUCCUCGCGGCGGCGCAUUGA